GAACCUUGUCUGUAGCGCUCUUGGCUGCAGCACGAAAACUAACAGCAUUGGCAGCGGUCUUGUCUUCUUACCAUACUCACGAUGUCGACCGCGAAAGAGAAUAGUGAUUCUGACCUAUAUGGAGACCUGUAUGGUGACGACGACAACGAGUUUAUUGUCCGUCUGGACGAUGAAUUCCAAGCAUUGGAAAAGCUAGAUUCCUUGGACGAUGAAUCAGAAACAGUCCCAGAGUCAGCUACAGAAGCGAAUGGCUCGUCCAAGCAAGACGCAACAGGUGCAGCCUCGUUGCCUGCUAAACCCCAAACCUCAGAUGCUGCAGCAUUAUCUUACUCGGCGCAAGUCGCUCGACAGUUUUCAGCUUAUCAACAGACACCAAGCCAGGAACGACAGCAACGGUCAGAUCUACACAAUGCAAACUCGAACGCUGGCCCUUCUGCUAUAGCCACGCACGAGGGCUCAAACUCUGCUGGAAACGCUGACAGACCGAUCCGGCCGUCAGAGAUGAAGGACGAAGGGUGAGUUCUUCGGUUUCUUCGUAUGAUCCCUAGUGUGGCGUCUGGGUCGUCGUUAUUAUUGUCCGUUGUGUGGGGAGAAGGAUGUCCUGCUGUGUCGUGUCACUUACUGUUCUAGUUUAUACCGCACAUAAAGUGGCUUUGAGCAGUAGAUCAGUUACGGUACUAUGCUGCACCCUGCUACCAGCCUACAGUCACUCUACUUGCUCGCUAUUACCUCUUACUCGCUUGACCUCGUAUCUCUCUUAACUUUGGAAACUAAUGUUUUACGUCGAAUUUCUGGACUACCCUCGCCUCGUCGCCAUUUUCAUCUCAUGCCUACAUUUGCUACUGGUUCUUAUCCUACGGUCCUAUUGGAUAGCAAAAUGUUCGUUGGAGGCCUUAAUUGGGACACUACAGAUGAAGGCUUGAGAAAAUAUUUCUCAGAGUUUGGCAAGGUGGAUGCUUGUACAAUCAUGCGCGAUCCGGAUGGUAGGUCUCGAGGAUUUGCCUUCCUCACCUUCGACGAUCCAGAGUCUGUAAAUGCUGUGAUGAUACGGGAGCAUUACUUGGAUGGAAAAGCCAUUGAUCCGAAACGUGCUAUACCGAGGGAAGAGCAUCUGAGAAACACUCGAUACUUUGUCGGUGGACUUGCACCUACCACCAAUGCUGAGUCUAUGCGAGAAUUCUUUUCUGCAUUUGGGAAGGUGGUCGAUGCCACCGUCAUGAUAGACCGCGAGUCCGGUCGUUCCAAGGGUUUUGGUUUCGUGACAUUUGAAGACUCGAACAACGCUGAUCAGUUCGUCGGCAAACUUGGACUGAUGCUCGACGACAAGCAGAUCGAGGUCAAAAUGGCUCAACCUCGGAGCCAAAGAGAUCAAGCACGAAGUGCUAAUACUG